AAUUUAAUAUAAAACGGCGUUAUUUCCUUUCUUUAUUGAGAUAACAAAGAUGGAUGGAAAGUGGAGUAUCGCUGUUUUUCUAAUAUUGUGCUUCGCGUGGCAAGUUAAGAGCGCUGUCACCUGCGCAGCUAACGGCCGUUACCCCGAUCCAGCAGACACAUCUUGCAAAAACUACACCCUCUGCGUCGCUCGCUCUAACGGUAGUUUCAUAGGCUACAACUACAUUUGCCCUUCUACCUCGUUGUUUAAUCCUGCGAUCGCACAAUGUACCACUAACUAUGUCUGCAACGUCACAACAUCAGUAUGCACGACUGAGGGUUUCUUUGCGGAUCCCAAUGGAACAAAUUGUUCCACAUUUAUAUCUUGCGUUAACGUUAGUGGUACAUUUGUCCAAACCGCUAUGAGUUGCCCUUCAAACACCUUUUACAAUCCAGUAACCACUUUAUGCGAAACAAAUUAUGUUUGUACAUUCACAUGUAACGCUGCUGGUAGAUACGCCAACCCGGCUGAUAGAACUUGUCAAAGUUAUUUCUUGUGUGUUGCUGCUAACAAUGGGACAAUUUCCCAGUAUCAAUACAACUGCCCCACAGUUUCGGUGUUUAGUCCAGUCACAAGAGUUUGUACAACCUCGUACACUUGUCCAACUUCUUAGUUUAUUCAUGAGACCGUCAAGUUAGGUGUGACCAUAAAAAUGUGACGUCUGGGGUUUAUGAUCCGUAGUACACAAAUUGUAAUUUAAACACAAUGAACGCUUAAUGUGAAAACCUGCGUGAAUAAUUCUUUAGAAAGUGUAAUUUUAUUACAUACCUACUCUCAAAUUAUACUACAUUGAAUAAUAUAAUAAAUUUUUUUUGGGUCUUCAUGUCAGUUUUCGUUAGGUUAAGUCAUUGCUCUGGAUAUAUUAAUCUCUUUAAGACUGUGUUAUGGCAUACUGCAUCUGAAUAUUACGUUAUUUGUUAAAUAUUAAAGAAAUUAUUUACUGC